ACUUGUCUUCAUUGCUUUUUAUGGCACUACUAAGUAGCUGAUUUGAAUGGCGAGAUCGAACAAUUGCUGGGUUCGUGGUUCUUUUGAGAGCAUACCGCCGACUUUUUGGAGUAAUCAUGAAGAGGCCCACAUAUGAUGUGAUCCGAGCCUCACAACUCAUUUUGAAAAUCUCGAGAAGCGCUUCAAGUGAUCUUUCAUGUGGGCCUCUUAAAAUUGACGGGUAUCAAGGAUAUCACGGUCAUUCGCCCUUUACAUUGUGUCCUUGCUUUCGAGUCUGUGAUUUCACGAAUGCAUACUCUCUUUCUUUCUUCAGAAAGUUCACCAGUACCCCGUAUAGAGCUGCAACUUGCGUAAUGACCUGAUGUCUGGACACAGUGAAUUGGAGGUUGUCAAUCAGCCUUUUGAAUAUUAUGGCCCACAGCAGCAUGGCAAUUUGAGCCACCAAACGAAUGAGGAUGGUCGCCCAUAUUAUCAGGAAAAUACCAAGUUCAUAGGACUGCCGGUAUUCCCUGCUGAACUACCGUUCGAAAACUCUAUACCUACCCCAAUUGCAUCAUCGCACAGGACAUCAUCAAAUCUAUCAGACCGACAGUUCAGCAAUAUCUCUGAAGCUCCCUCCUCUCCGACACUACACUGUGCACCUUUGAUCAAACAGCCUGUAUCAACAGAGAAGGAGACGGUGGAAAGUGUAGAGGGUACGCAGAAAGAAAGGAGACCGUGGAAAUGGUACAUAUUAGGAGGUCUCAUCACGCUGGUUAUAAUUAUAGCCGCUGUGGUUGGGGGAAUAGUUGUAUCUAAGAAGAAGAAAACAUCGAAUGUGAAUGAUGUAUCGGGUGGAGUCCCUUCUUCAAAUAUCUCAUCACCGACGAGCUCCGCCUCGAACAAUUCACCCACGUCUACAUAUACAGCAUCUUCAGUGAGCUCUACUAUUGCUCCAUUCCAGAGAAACGUCGCCGCAAUCUCCUACACAUCCAACAAUGUCAAUAACUCUAGAGUGUAUUAUCAAGACAAUCAAGGCCAUAUACUAGAAUCACAUAACAAUGCGUCGAGCGAGAUUUGGUCGACGAGUCAGAUUGUAACCGCUAAAAAUGGUUCAUCAUUUGCUGCGGCUGUGACGAUGCCAGCUAACAAUUUUGUACGAUGCCCUCACAACCCUGCCCCCACAACAGGUUCUUUCGGAGCCACGCGGCUGCUAAUUUAGAACAUAGGAAAUCACUGUGUUAUACUCCGAUUCGGACAAUCUGCUUCACGAUAUUAUAUAUGAUGUCGCAUCAGAUUCAUGGAAUGAAGGAACCUUGUCCUCUGAGAACUACAUAAUCUCUGAGAAUUCAAACAUAGCGGUGAUGUACUGGCAGUGCCUUUUAUGCACCAACACAACCAUCAUCUCUUUCCAAGAUAUCAACAACAAGAUACAGGUCGGAAACUUAACCAACACUGGUUGGGUUUUGACCCAAAUAAAUGUUGAUGUUGUAGAUAAUACUGGCCUUGCGUUGCAACCAUUCUACCGCCUCAACCAAGCACAUCAGAUAAACUUGUACUAUCAACAACCGAAUAGUAACAUGGCCAUCUCAGCCUGGGAAUACACCAGUGUGUUUUACUUUGGAUAGUUUUCUAUGGUUAUAUGCUAACGAAGUUUUGCAGCUCAAAAUUGGUUACUAAAUGCAGCAACGUACUACUCCCUAACAUUCGGCGUGCCAAUUGCCGCAUCAGCAUCUUACACUAGUGUCAUCUGGACGGGGAACGUAAAAACGGGCUUCGAAACCUGGGGAGAAACCCUCACAUUAUCGCAUCUUGGCGUUAAAUCCAACACGUACAUGGGAGCUCAUAAUGACUGGGAAGCAAUGGGUAUCCACCCUUCGGCAAUGUCAAACUCCACACAAAAUCCCAAAGUAUUUAAAUCGAUAGCGGCCACGGCGACUGGGGCUGCCUUUGCCGUGGUGGCCAUCGAUGGAAAACCAGAUGUGAUAGAAGCAUAUCAGGUUGAGGAUGAUACGAUAAAUUGGAGUACGGCCGGAACCGUCGAUAUUGGCACGACAUGGGGGUCAAUGAAAUGAAAUUAAAUGAAAUAAAUAUAAUAAGAUCUUAACAUUACAUGUGUUUUAUAGAAUUAUAGAA